UAUAAGCUACGGGUCCUCUUUCUCCUCCACAAUACAACCUCAUCCACCUCCACACCACCACCAACACUGCUACCACCAUCACUACCACUACAACUACAACAGAAAAGGUUAUACAAGAUGUUACAAAUCCAACAGGUUGUAGUAUUUGGGUUGAUGGUCGGCCUGGCCCAGGGGUUCCCCAGGCCCGACUCGCCCCCCAUCUACGGCCCCCCCACCUACCCCAACCCCCAGCCCCACAAACAGCCAUAUAAGGACGAGCCCGCCAAGCCGUACGCCUUCGAUUAUGGCGUCAGGGAUGCGUACUACGGCGCCAACUUCGGCCACAAGGAGAACAGUGACGGGAACGCGAUCACCGGCUCGUACCAGGUGGCGCUCCCCGACGGCCGCAUCCAGACGGUCAACUACGUAGCCGACCACAUCAACGGUUUCCAGGCGCAAGUCUCCUACGAGGGCGAGGCGGUUUACCCACAAGUGAAGAAGGGUUCGAAUCCCAAGGGCGACUACCAGAGCGCUGCCUAUUCCAAUCCUGUUCCCCUGCGCGCUGAGCCUCCUAAUCAUCCUGUGUACUCUUCUUCGUCCUCCUCCUCCGCUGGUUCUUCGCGCGCUCAUCCUUCUCCUGCCUCCCCUUACCUCCCCCCGAAUUCUCAGCUCUUAUCCCCACCUGUUUAUGAUUAAGAUCGUUCACCUGUCUGUCUGUUUAUGUCUGUCUGUCUGUCUAUCUGAUUAUAUGUUUCUCUCGCCGUCAACUGUCCUGCCUUCCUUUCCUUCUUCUUUCUUUCUAUCCGUCAUUCCUUCCUUCCUGUCCACCUAUCAAUCUAUUUACCUGUCUACCUUUUUUUUACUCAUUCCUCUUCAGUCCUUCCUUACUUACAUUUCUAUUCAUUUAUUUACCUAUUUGUCCACCCAUCUGUCUAUCUCCCUUUCCCUCCCUGCCUACCAACCAUAUUACCUGUCUCACUAACUAACUACCUAACUUACCUAUCCACCAAACUAUUUAUCUACCUAUUUAUUUACCUAUCUACCAAUCUAUCAGCUCAGGCCAUCAAACACACACACUAAUGUACAUAAUAUAUACAAUCACCUACAUAAUUGCUCUUUAAUUGCUUGUUAAUGACCACCGCCAGCGCUACCCCCCCCCCCCCC